AUGAAUAACAACAUGCAAAUGCCAAACAUUCAUUCAAAAUUAGAUGAUCCCUCUAAUUCAAAUCAAAGUGCUGCAACUGCUACAAAUCCUGCUGCUUUCAAUUUAGGUCAAGAUCACGCCGCUUUACAAUAUCAACAAUUGGAUCAACAACAGCAACAACAACAACAACAAGAUCCUCAUAAUCAAUCCGCUAUGUUACAACAACCUUCUUUGUAUCAAUCUCAAUUUCAACCUCAAUAUCAACAACAAUCACCAAAUCCAAAUAUUCCAUCUCAACAACCUAUUUACGCGUAUCAAAAUACAAGUACAAGUAAUAAUCCCGUUGGAUCUGCUAAUACUGCCGCUAAUACUGCUGCAACAAAUACUGGCGCUCCUCAACAGUAUCCUCAAUCAAUCCCACAAGAUUUUGGUUAUGGUAACUCAGCUGCAAAUAGUAACAUGAAUCAAUUCAAUGAAUUAAUGUACAAUUCUUUCAUUUCUCAAUUGUCUCAAAAGCAACAACAACAAUUGGGAAUUACCAACUCUUCAAAUCAAUCAAAUCAAUCAAAUAAUUCAAAUUCACAACAGCUAAAUCCUGCUACUGCCGCUGCUGCCGCAGCCGCCGCAGCUGCAGCCGCUUCAAAUAAUCCUUCCUUCAUGAACCCUUCAGUUCAAAGAUACUACCAAAAUAAUUUAAAUACUUAUCCAACUAUGAUUGAUCCAACUAUGCAACCUCAUUUGGCUCAACAAAUGGCUGCUACUUUACAACAACAACAAUUUGCUCAACAACCUCAACAGCAACAUUUCCAACAACAACCACAACAACAAUCUCAUCGCCAUCAACAGCAACACCAUCAACAGCAACAACAUCAUAAUAAAGGUUCAAAUAAUCACUCUCACUCAACUAAAGAAUCAAAAUUACCAAAUGUUAAAAAAUUAUCAACUACUCAAAGUAGAAUUGAAAAGAGAAAACAAUUGAAAAAACAAGGUCCAAAGAGACCUUCUUCAGCUUAUUUCUUAUUCUCAAUGUCAAUUAGAAAUGAUCUUUUAAGACAAUAUCCUGAAGCAAAAGUACCAGAAUUAUCAAAAUUAGCAAGUGCAAGAUGGAAAGAAUUAACUGAUGAUGAGAAAAAACCUUUCUAUGAUGAAUUUAGAAUUAAUUGGGAAAAAUAUAGAGUGUUAAGAGAUGAAUAUGAGAAAACUUUACCUCCAAAGAGACCAAGUGGUCCAUUUAUUCAAUUCACUCAAGAAAUUAGACCAAUUAUAGUUAAAGAAAAUCCAAAUUUGAAUUUAAUUGAAAUUACCAAAUUAAUCGGUGAAAGAUGGAGAAAUUUGGCUGCAGAAGAAAAGACAAAAUAUACUGAUGCUUAUAAAUUAAAAUUAAAAGAAUGGGAAAAAUGUUAUCCACCAGAAAACGAACCAUCCAAGAAUGCCAAUGAAAAUCAGCAUGGUCUUUCAAACGAAAUUAAACGUGAGUAA